AUGGGUCAGUAUUUGAGUUACCGCUGUGACGAGAUGCGUUACGGAUGCACUGUAUUGCAGGUGGAUAUCUCAUCCGGCGAAUACGUUCUGAGUGCCUCUAAAGAAACAGAUGGUCCAGAUGAAUUCAAAUUGAACGGCACUGGCGCUGAAACAGUCCGAAACGGCUCCGCUUCUGACUGGUCAAAGAAACUGCUGGAUGGAGGACCAUUUGAAGCUGAAAAGAGCAGUGCCAACACAUGGAUAUUGUCGGGCAGUCGGGAUUCCUUCAGCGCUGAACGUGAAUUGCCGUCGGAAGCAGAUAAUGACAACGGCUCCGCUUCUGACUGGUCAAAGAAACUGCUGGAUGGAGAACCAUUUGAAGCUGAAAAGAGCAGUGCCAACACAUGGAUAUUGUCGGGCAGUCGAGAUUCCUUCAGCGCUGAACGUGAAUUACCGUCGGAAGCAGAUAAUGACGUGAGUAAACUUUUCAGUUAG